CGUGGAAUAGGAAAUCUCUGAACCACGAUAGUAAUUUACCAGCACAUCGUCCGAAUUUGGCAGUAACCCCUAAGGGGAAGCAUUCACACAAUGGAGAUUGUGUAUGUGUACACAAAGAAACGCAGCGAGUUUGGUCGACAAUGUAAUUUCUCGGACCGCCCAGCUGAGCUGCAUGUGGACAUCCUUCCAGACCCAUCGCUGGCUGAAAACUUUAUAGAGAGAGACCCAUGUGAUGUGCCAACACAAUGCACCCAAGAAAUGUCAGAGCACGAGGUGAACACAGAGAGGUUUUCGUCUGAGUCACGGGGCAUAAACCAUGUGGAGGGUGGCUGGCCAAAGGAUGUCAACCCCCAGGAGAUGGAGCAGACCAUUCGCUUCCGCAAGAAAGUGGAGAAGGAUGAACACUACAUCAAUACCAUCAUGCACCUUGGGAGUCUCAUGGAGCACUGCAUCAAGCAAAACAACGCCAUCGACAUCUACGAGGAGUACUUUGACGGGGAGGAGGUGGUGGAGGAGGCCGAGGAGCAGCCCUCCGCCAAAACCAUCAACGUCUUCAGGGACCCGAACCCAGUGAAGCGCACGGCCACCAGUCUGUCGUGGCAUCCGGACGGCAGUCACAAGCUGGCCGUGGCCUACUCCUCCCUGGAGUUCCAGAGGACCACGCAGGACAUGAGCUACGACUCCUACAUAUGGGACAUCAAAAACCCCAAUAAGCCAGAGAUGACCCUGAAGCCAGUGUCACCGCUCGUCUGUCUGGAGUACAACCCCAAAGACUCCCACAUCCUGAUCGGAGGAAGCUACAACGGCCAGCUUGCGUACUGGGACACGCGCAAAGGUGGCCAGCCGGUGGAGAUGUCCACCAUCGAGCACAGUCACCGCGACCCCGUCUACAAGGUCAUCUGGCUCCAGUCCAAGACCGGCACCGAUGCCUUCUCGGCCUCCACAGACGGACAGGUGUUGUGGUGGGAUAUCCGUAAGUUCACUGAGCCCACAGAACGUCUGGUCCUGGACCCUAGCAAGAAAGGCAACAUUGAAAACGCACUAGGGGCCAUCUCACUGGAGUUUGAGACCACCAUGCCAACCAAGUUCAUGGUGGGCACGGAGCAAGGGCUGGUGGUGUCGUGCAACCGCAAGGCCAAGACGCCGGCCGAGAAGAUCGUGUGCACCUACAGCGGCCACCAUGGGCCCAUCUACGCCCUGCAGAGGAACCCCUUCUUCCCCAAGAACUUCCUGACUGUGGCCGACUGGACCGCCCGCAUCUGGUCCGAGGACAUCAAGGAGUCCUCCAUCAUGUGGACCAAGUAUCACACAGCUAACCUGCUGGACGGCUGCUGGAGUCCCGUGCGUCCCUCCGUCUUCUACACCGUCAAGAUGGACGGCACGUUGGACGUGUGGGACUUCCUGUUCAAGCAAAACGACCCCACUCUCACCCUCAAGAUAUGCGACGAGGCCCUGUACAGCAUGCGCGUGCAGGAUAACGGCCGCUUCAUCGGCUGCGGCUCCCAGCUGGGCACGGCCACGCUGCUGGAGAUCUCCUCCGGCCUCUGCACCCUCCAGAGGAACGAGAAGGCCCUGGCCACCGCGAUGUUUGAGCGCGAGACCAAGAGGGAGAAGAUCCUGGAGGCGCGUCACCGCGAGAUGCGCCUGAAGGAGCGCAGCCGCUCGGAGCAGAGCAAGGACGACGAGUCCAAGGAUGCGGACGGCGAGGAGAGCGUGGAGGACCUGCUGGCCCGCACCGAGAAGGAGUUCUUCGAGACUGUGAGCGCCGAGCAGAAGAAACGGGACAAGGAGCAGGCCUUGGAAAAGGAGAAAGAUGUCUGCGAUGAAAAGGACAUCAUCUGAAGCAGAGGCGGCCAGUGCAGCACUGUGCUAUUAUCAUAUUGUUCUGUUGAAGGCUGUGUGAUGAGUUGUGAAUAAAAAGUGAGAGAGAAAGGGCAAGGGGAGAACACACAGUGGUGCUCACACACAACAGAGGAUGCUGUACACUAAAGAAUCAGACUAAGCAUGAUUUUGGUGUGCAUCGACUCAUUGUUUUUUUCCCAUAAUUAAAGAUGUAUAUUUUUUGCUA